CGUCCCAGCUCUCCCUGUAGGAAAGCCAAUGCCCACCCGAAGCUCAGCUCAGGGAUAGAAAAGUGAGGAGCCAGUGUGGACUCACAAGGCGCUUUGACCAAGGCCAACUCAAAAGGGAGGGGCAGAAAUGGAGACGAGAGCACCAGGAGGAUGCAAUGUGUCGGUGAGAGAUGCCGCGCUUUGCGUUUUCUACUGAAGUCUGAGCAAUGUCACUGCUUUGGUGCUCUGAAGCAGUGAGGCUCAGUCACUUUGGACUCUACAAAGCAGCUCAUUCUCACAUGGUAAACUCCUGAAGACUUGAGGAUUUAAAAGACUCUUCAUUGUAUGACUGGAAGAUAUACCUAUACAUAGAAGAACUCAGUGGCCGUUGGAAAGGACUCAUCGUAUACCAAAGGAACAUAACCAAGAGCACGACGAUAGAGGCGGACUGAACGGCGAAGGGACUUUGGCGCUUGUGGACUAGUGAUGGACAGCUGGACUCUUCAAGGGGACAGUUACUCUUUCCUACACAGUGCACCCUGCACUCCAUAUUCCUUGAUCCAUCGGGACGGAUCCCCCAACCAUGUUGAAAUUUUUGACAUCAUCAGCUCUCCGAUCCAACACGGUGCCAUCUCUGAGACCACUUGCCUGUGUGACAUAUUUGGGGAUGAUUGUGAGUCACCCUCGCUCUCCAGCAGCCCUGCUGUAGGGGCCAUUGUCCAUUCCCAGACUGAAACAGAGGGAACAACAGCCGCAUCACCACCACUGGAUGAUCUGAAUGAGUCCUCGGCCUCGUAUCACACGGCCCCGUGUUCCAUUGAAGGAGAAGAGGGACUUGACAACCACGUAGAUAAGAUUCACAGCCCUUCACUGCAGGGUGAGUCCUGCAAGCCCACCAGUGAGUGUUCUGAACUUUCUAAAGAUAGUAGCUCAAGUUUUGAAUCAAAAGGUAAAUCACUCCUGCCACAGAUUAGUUCUGAAGUUGACACUGUUUUGGGGGCAAGGACACCAUCUCCUGGACACAACAGCUCCUUAAUCUCAUCUUUGUCUUCUUCCUGUGCUGAGACGAGAUGCUCACGCUCAGUAAAUCAUCAAGAACAAAGUAGGCUUACUCCAAUAAAUAAUAAUCCUUCCCACCAAUCACUUACUCAGAGCCCCUCCCUUGCAUCCAUGAACUGCAACAUCGCAUCCUCCCUUGAAUCAGUGAACAUCCAGUCUGAGGUUAGAGAAGCAGGAGUUUCACCUGGGCCCACACCCACUGAUUGUUCUUCUCAAUCUUCAAAUGUAGACUCUACAUCCAACCUUCCAUUUGAUUUUCCUUCGCCUGGCUGUACAGAAGGCCAGUCUGAAGAUUCCCUUCUCCCCCCUGAAUUGAAUAAUACACCCUCCUCACUAAAUACUCCAUCAUCAUCUCCCUUCCCUGAACUGGGAGGAAGGGUGUCCCUUCCUGAUCUCAUGGGUAGAGGCUCCACACCUGAUAUACAUAUAGAAAACUCUAUCCAAAACUCUGAGUUGCUUCAAUAUCUCACCAAAGAAAGUACAAUUCCACCUGAAAAUCAAGACGCAGGUUUGCACGCUGAGUUUGCCAGUGGGUCAAGACUUUCCCCACGAUAUACACCCCCCUCCCCUGGUAUUUCAUUCAUCCCAUCUCAUGUGGAGAGUGGUGGUUUGCCUGAAUUAAAGCACACCUCUCCGUCACCUGACCGGUUAGGUGUUCCAUCAAUGAACAAGAGUUGGUCAAGAACUUCCUCCCCUGGAUCCUCCAGGCCUAAGUCAGCAUCUUCUGAAAUCAUCACAGCGGCCUGUUCACCUGUUAUCAGCUAUAGUUUAUCUCCAUCGCCUGGCAUUGGGAGCACAUGUUCUUCCAUUGAGAGUACGCACACGGCUCCUUCACCUGAAAUCUGUAUCACAGCAUCCUCACCUGAGGUCAAAAGGAGAGAAUGCAUGUCUGAAGAGCACUCAACACCAGACUCUCUUAUUUUAGAGUCAUCAAGGAGUAACACCUCCUCCCCGCACAUCACAGGGAAUUCUUACUCUGACGGGGACACUUCCUUGUUUCCAGUGCUGCGUUGUCUCUCCACACCUGAGCCUAGUAGGACAGAUGUGUCUCCUGACAGACAGAGCCGGGCCUCAAACAGAGUGAGUACGCCACGUGACUCAUCUCCUGUGUCACACUUCUUAAGUGCUGAAAUAACUCAGCCUGGGUCUCAAACAUCUUCACCACAGUCGAUACAUCAAACUCCCUCACCUGAGCUGAGAUACCAAAGCCAAGAUUCUUCACCUGAUCACAGAAGCAGAGAUCAAUCACCCCCUGCAGUCUCUCCAGAUCACCGAUAUAAUCACUGUUCACCAUCAACCCUCUUAGCCGAAUACAACUCACAGUAUUUACUGCCUACUCAUCACUUGAAUGCACCAGCAAAAGUUGUCUCCUCUUCACCUGAUUUUGCAAACACACAGGACCACAUUGAAUUGAAAAAAGAGUGUGUGCAGUCUUCAUCUGGUUUUCAUAAGGUAGAAAAAACAUCUACAACCAAAAGUAGUUCUCCUGUUGAGCUAUUUCAGUCACCAGUUACUAAUUCACCCUUUUUGACUAAGGACAGGCUUAACAAAUCAAGGAUUCACCAACGUCCAAAGGACAGAAUUCAGCAAAAGGUAUCCUUGCAUAAAGAAAAUCAAGACCCUCAACGAAUAGGCCAUUUCAAUGGCCCUACGAAUGACAACAAGUAUAUUGCCCCUGAUUUGCUGUUCAAUAGCAAGGAUAGACCCAGCAAAUCUCUCCAGAGAGAGGAAAAACGACUAAAUCAACAUAUACGUCAUUUGUUGAAGUCUGAAAACAAAAAGUCACAUAGUGCAUCUGAUCAUUCGAGGCAAAACAUUGGAGACAGGGCAAGGUAUUCACAGGAUAUGGCCCAACAUCUACACAGAAGGAAAACUCCUUCUCCGCCACUAACCAGAUUUACACCCAUACAUAUAAUAGCCCCAGAGAAACCACGCAGACAGUGGCAAAGCAGAGGCCAUUCUGACUCCGCAGCAUCUUCAGAGAACGGUUAUUUGAAGAAGGCUGUAACAAAUAGGGAAAGCCCCAAUGAUAAUAAUAGUAAGUCCCACAUUGUCACACUGGCGAAGCAAUUGGAGAGGGAGAAGAGAAUGCAACUGGAAGAGGAGAGAGAAAGGCGAUUAAGGGGGAUAGAGGGAGAAAAGGGAAGGGAGGGGUGGGAGGAGUGGCAUAAGGAUGCCAGUUACAGAGGGGAACAGGUUGAGCUGUCAUUCAAUGCCAAGAAUAGAAACGGGCCCACAAGUCGCAGUACAGCCCCCACAAGCAGAGAGAGUCGUCAGGGACUGCCAACAGUGCAUUCCUAUUCAGAGAGCUUGCCUGCCACUACAGAGCCACAGGAACAGAAAAGUCUGCUUAAACUUGCUUCCCAACAAGACAGGGGUGGUUGUCCGACUGGGCGACUUCAGCCUUCAGCACCGCAAAACAAGAUCAGUGCACGAUCGGUCACAAACAGGCCCGGCCGGAGUUCGAGCUCCAGUAUGGGAAGUGAGUUGGAUGAGACAGACAAUGAGGUGAAGUGGCUCACAGAUGUGGCUUUUCGUAGCCUGUCCAGCCCAGAGGUAGAUUAUCUCGACAUGUACAACUCCAGCCACCGGUCAUCGACCAACAUUUCCCAGCCGUCUACUCAGGAGAGCCCAGCUGGGGUCAGUGGUGUCUGGCCGACGUAUGCUGACUUUAGGGGUUCUGCUUCAAAGCUGGAAAAUGAUGAAUACUUUUUCCAGCAGCAACCUCUGUACCAUUCAGACGGAACGGAUCCAUCACACCCCUAUGAAACGGGAAGCUUUGAGUGCAUUGAUGUGGCUGUGGAAAGAGAAGAAUCUAAAAAGAUGAAAAGAGGAGUACCGAAAAGACAAAUCCAGUUAAAGAAAAAGGAAAGUAAGGAUGACAGCAGUGAAAAUAAAAGUCCUGGAAUGCUUGCGAUGGAGAACAGCAAAUUGCUUGAGAGGCAUUCCGGAGAGGUAUUUCUGAGACAAUACAGUACACCAGCAGAAGUUCAAGAAUGCUACACUCCUGAACUCAGCCAUGAGCCUGAAAAUAAUGAAAGAAAAAACAAACUGCAAAAAUCUGUUUCUCUGGAUGAAACAUCCUCAAAAACCAAGAUGGCCACUUGCCUUAUCAAAAGUGUCUUGUCCAAGAAGAUGCAGGGUGCUGAUAAACAACCUGAUGAACCUGAUGAGGAGGAAGUAAACACAACUGAGGACGACCCGGAUUCCAUUCUAUACUCAAACCCUUCUAAAGAUCUUGCUGUGAAAGGAGAACAAAUACGAAGAGAUGACAUGAAGCUAGUAAAGACAAAUGAAGACCAAUCCAACACGCAAAGUUCAAUCAGCAGCAACAGAAUUGGUAACUUUUCACAUACUAACCACAAACAAUCAAACUCUAAAGACAGGAAUACAACCGCACUCCCAUCUGAAAUCAGAUCCGAGUUAAGAGUGCCAUUGGAUAGCUGGCAGUCAAAAGAUGGAGUACAACCUAUAGAUGAAAGAAAAACAUGGCAGGAAAGCAACUCAACAAAUGCCAACACAGGAGAUCCUUCUGUUACUAGAGCCUACAGGACACCGACUAUGAUGACAAGCCAACAACCGGAAUGUGAACACAUAGAAGUCCAUAAACAACUGCAACAAGGUGAGUGUCGCCAUACAUCAAAGGGAACACAGGAGGCUAAACUUAAAAAUGUAGAAAAAAAGAAAGCGUCUCUGAAUGUUUGCCUUACUCCUGAGGCAGAAAAAAAUCCAGAUGCAUCUCCACCAGAUUUCAGACAACUGGAGGAAAAGGUCAAUGUGGAUUUCAAAAUUGAGGAUGACAGAAAUGAGAAUAAUAGAGUAAAGGGCCCCAUCCACAAAGUCAGGGAUGUUAGAAGGCUUGUUAAGAACACAUAUAAUCUGUCAUUCAAGGCAACCAUGUCUGUGUCUCCUUCAGAUAUUAACGAAGAAAAGAUUGUACAAUUGAAUGAGAUUAAUGAAGACAGAAUAAAUGAGGAUGUGAGCGAAAAUGUGCUAAGAAAGACAGAAGAGAAGCGCGAGGAAACAAAUAAGUGCAGAGUGAAGAUGGGAGACAAACAAAAAGUGGAGGUAAAAGAUAAAAAGCUGCCUUUGCAAAGUGAAGCUAAGUCUCAAUCUCAGUUGCACCCAAUGCAAAUACAAUGCAAGGCAGUUUGCUGGCGGGAGGACAAGAAUAAUAUAGUACAAAACCAUAAAGACUCAGGUGAAAAAAUGCUGGCUUCUGCAAAAGGAGAGCAACCAUGUAAUUCAGAUAUACAACAAGGGAUCCAGGAACCACCAGCUAAGGGAGGAACAACGAAGUCCUGGAAAAAAACUUCCAAUAUGGAGGCAGAAACACAGAAAGAGACAGAGAGUGAGGUGGUAAUGAGAUCGGACAGAAAACCUCCCAUGUUAGUAAGUCUCCCCAAACUUACGAGUAAGGAAAGAGAGGUGUCCACUGCAGUUGUGUUAAUUAGGGAUGCAUCCAGACAAGAAAAGACAAGUGCACCACCAACCCAGGAAGAUGUUCACAUUUGUCCCAAGAACCAAGCUGCCACACCUUCACCUGAGGUCACAGCCACAAGCAGCGCCCCAAGCACUAGUAGUCACUCAGUGUCCAUGUUGUUAAAGGAAAAAGGCUACCAAGCUGACAUUGGAGCAGUGAUGGGUGUUAGCCAGAAUUCUGCUGGAGGAAAAGAGGUCCCACGUAAGCAUGUGAAUUGCUUAGAGAUCCCAUUCCAGACUCCUUCAGAUGGUCAAAAUGAACACCACAGAGAGAAGACACUGUCUUCUUCAUCCACCAUGUCCAGCCCUUCAUUUUCAAGCGACCAUGCAGAUAAACCAACCAAGACCACAGAGGAAGAGGUGGGUCCUACUAAGCACAAAAACACAAUCCCACGGGUACCUCCACAGGACCAUAUGCAAACUCCAAACAAACAGAAAGAAACAGAAGACUUUGAAGGAGUAAAAAGACAGGACUCAACUUUUCCACCGAGGUCCCCUGCGAUACGACGAUUCCGACCUCAGCCCAUUGAGGUGAAGUCCCUUUCAAAAGAGACAAUCACAAAACAAGAGAUUACCGCCAACAGCCCCAAAAACAACAGAUCACAAACCAUAGAGUUUAAAUCUAUUGCAAAAAGUACUGACAAGCCAAUCGUACCUCCAAAACCCACCUGCAAAUUUAAACCUGCAGAUUUUGGAGCCAAGACAAAUGAAGUGCCUUUCAACAUAAAACCGCAAAGUGAGGAGAGAUCUCGAACAAUUGUAGUGUCAUCUCCUACAAUCUACAGAAAAAUCCCCACUGAGGCCUCCUCAUCAUCUAACCAAACAAGAAAACUUGCUGUGUCCACCGUAUCCAGCCUCAAGCACCCGCCAAGCAAAAUAACAACAGCCAGCAUCUCAAGCGUAACAGAAGCUUCUAGAGACAGAGAUGAGCAUCAGUCCCUUCAGGCGUCACCUGCGCGAUCGGUGCAUGCUACAACUGCAACCUCAGCUUCUGCGCCAAGUGUCACUUCCACUGAGAGUGAUCCAGUUGAAAACCAGGUUCCUGAACGUCCACAUGCAAGUCAGCCUGCUAACACACACGAAGCAACUCUGUCCACAACCUCAAGCCAUCCCAAACCUCCUGUUGCUGUCUCCACAACAGCAUACACACAGCAACAAUUCCGCAGGUCAUUUUCCAGCGAGCGCGCCCAUUUUUAUGCCUCCGAUGACCCUCCAAGCUAUGAUGAAAGAGAGAGCUUUAGUCCCCUCAUGCCAGAUUUGACCCCCAGAAGAUCAAACCGCUAUCAGAACCCAUCCCACCCUCCUCCGUGUUCCUGCACAGCAGGCUGCCCUCCUCCUCCUCAGCCUGCUCUCCCACCUCUUCCUGCACUUCCACAUCAUCAUCAUUAUCAUCACCACAGCCCCCACAACCUCACCCCACCACCCCCUCCACACUCCCCAGGUCAUGGCAUACCUCACCAUGCCCCCCUACGUCCGCAUCAUUACAGAGCUGAUCCUCAGCCUGUAAUCUUCCAGCCCAGCUCAUCACCAAAGUCAAACCCUCUUGGUCCUAGCCAUCCGCCCGCCAUUUACCCACCUCUUCACCAGCCUCCCACGUGUCCUCCCAACCCUUCAAUUAUGCCAGUGGAACGUCCAAUGCCCAUUGAACCCCGGCGGCUCCCUCUACACAGAUCUCCCCAGCAGCAGCCUGGUGCUCCAUAUAGUGAUCCUGGGCACAAUCACUCCCCUGGCCUGGGUCCCAUUGAUCCCCAGUAUAUGUAUGGGUCUGAGUACGGGGGCGACAGCUCCAGUUUGUACUCAGAGAGCCACUUUGGACAGACACCUCGUAGAGUCCUACUGGAUCCUGAAACAGGGAAGUAUUUUUACAUAGAAGUGCCGAUGCAGCCCUUGAGGAAGAUGUUGUUUGACCCAGAAACCGGCCAAUAUGUGGAAGUUCUCAUCCCCCAGCAAGCCAUGUCUCACUCAGGCGUAUAUCCCUCAUCAGCAGCCUCAUACUCAUCCCUCCAAAAUCCCAAUAUGUACGGCCCUGCUCCACAAUACAUGCCCUACGCCGCUCACCCUCCACCUGCUCACCCCCAUCCCCAGCCACCCCGAUAUCCCGAAGUCUCUGCUUCGGCAACAAUGCACCCUAACGGGCCCAGUGGCAGCUACAGGAGUUGUUCUGGUCAGGGGUCCAAGCCAGAACCCCAAAGCCAUCCACCGCUGGACCAGAGCUACCUGGACAGUAUGUAUUAUGUUCCCACAGGGAUGAACGCAAGCGCCAAUACAACCGCUUCAGUCUACCACCAUAAACAUCCCUCCAGCCUUCCUCCAUCAGGGGGGAAAAGGUCCUGAAAUAGAGGACACAAGCCGUCUUCCUGGAGCCUGUCGGGUUUGAAAUACUCAUUGUAUAAAGAGGGGGCCUAAUGUUAGCUUGUAAUGUUAUUGGAGUUUUCAUGUCCCUGUUCAAGACGGUUGUUGUUUAUUUGCUGCUGCUGCUGCUGCUUGUUAACAAUAUGAUAACAGUGCAGUUAUUUGGAUAAUGAUUUUCAGAAACAUAAAACUCCUACCUUAUACAAUAUUAUUUUGUCAUUUUUGAUACAAGGCCGUACACUCAACAGCCAUGCAGAAGCCCUGUUGCUAUUGUGUGUAUACGUUCACGACAAAAUGUGUCCCGGGAAACUUGAAAAUUGUAAAAGAAAUUCAGUUACUUUGUCAUUGUUUUUUCUUAAAAAAAAAAAUUAAAAAAAAAGAUGAAGUGAGGACUGGGUUUGUGCACAUGAUGUCUGCAACAGCAAUGCCAAUAAAAAUUGUCAAGAACA